CUGUCCAACAGCCCCUCAUUCAGACAUCUACUUCCAACAGUGACCCAGUUCCUCCAGCCAGACCCUCGGACAACCUCCACCAUGAGCUUCUCCUCCCAGUCCGCCCAGUCAGCCUCUUCCUACCGCCGGACCUUCGGUUCUGGUAUUGGUUCCACCCCAGGCAUGUCCUCCAUGUUCUCCCACGGUGGACGCGGUUCCUCCGGCUCCGCCCACAUGUCCUCCAGGGUCUACGAGAUGACCAAAAGCUCCGCCCGCCCCAGCUACUCCUCCGGCAGCAUUCGUUCCUCUUCCGGCGGCGCGAUGCGCUCGUACGCCGGGAUGGGCGAGAAGCUGGACUUCAACCUGGCCGACGCCACUAACCGCGACUUCCUGGACACCAGAACCAAUGAGAAGGCAGAGUUGCAGCACCUGAACGACCGGUUCGCCAGCUACAUCGAGAAGGUCCGUUUCCUGGAGCAGCAGAACGCUACCCUGGUGGUGGAGAUCGAGAGGAUGAGGGGUCACGAGCCGACCCGCGUGGCCGAGAUGUACGAGGAGGAGAUGAGAGAGCUGAGGCGUCAGGUAGACGGCAUGUCCAAUGACCGAGCCCGCAUGGAGGUGGAGAGAGACAACUUGGCUGACGACCUGCAGAAACUCAAACUCAGACUGCAGGAGGAGAUCCACCAGAGGGAAGAGGCAGAGAGCAACCUGUCUGCCUUCAGAGCUGACGUGGACUCUGCCACGCUGGCCAGGCUGGACCUGGAGAGACGCAUUGAAAGCCUGCAGGAGGAGAUCAGCUUCCUGAAGAAGAUCCACGAGGAGGAGAUCCAUGAGCUGACGAGCCAGAUGCAGGAGACCUCGGUGCAGGUCCAGAUGGACAUGUCCAAACCAGAUCUGACCGUUGCCCUCAGGGACAUCCGUGUGCAGUACGAGGGAAUCGCAGCCAAGAACAUCUCUGAGGCAGAGGACUGGUACAAAUCCAAGGUGUCAGACCUGAACCAGGCUGUGAACAAGAACAACGAUGCUCUGAGACAGGCCAAACAGGAGAGCAUGGAGUUCAGGCAUCAGAUCCAGUCCUACACCUGUGAGAUCGACUCUCUCAAGGGAACCAACGAGUCUCUGCUGAGGCAGAUGAGGGAGAUGGAGGAUCGUCUGGGAAACGAGGCUGGAGGUUACCAGGACUCCGUCACCCGUCUGGAGGCUGAGAUCGCCAAGAUGAAGGAUGAGAUGGCUCGUCACCUCAGAGAGUACCAGGACCUCCUCAACGUCAAGAUGGCCCUGGAUAUAGAGAUCGCUACCUACAGGAAGCUACUGGAGGGAGAGGAGAGCCGAAUCACUGUAUCUGGCUCCCAGUCUUCUCACUCUGGCUCCCACUCUGCAGCCUCAUUAUAUUCCACUGUUGGCUUCAGAGAGACCAGCCCAGACAUCGGACGAUCAGCAGAGGUCCACUCCAAGAAGACUGUCCUGAUCAAGACCAUCGAGACCCGCGAUGGAGAGGUGGUCAGUGAAUCUACACAGCACCAGCAGGACAUCAUGUAAACAACAACAACAACAACAACAAGCUUAAAUUAGGAAAAAAAAAAUGGGAUGUUUACAUACAAAGAUACGAGGGGUUCUGCCGUUUCUAAGGCAACGCCUCGUUUUAAAGAAAAGGUCUCUUUUUUGAGAGGGAGUGAGUUAUGAACACCUUACGAAGUGUUAUAACCACCUUACGAAGGGUUAUAUCCUUCAUAGGAAUGUUUAUAACUCGUGAACUCCAAUUAAUCAGAUGUUAUAUGACCCGUCUCCGAAGCAGAAGAACAUAAGAAGAAAGAAAGACAGUGUUAAGUUACAGCAAUCAGAAGGUGGGAACCAGGUGGAGUGAAAGUCAAGUCAGGCCCUGGCCAGAACACGCAUGGCUAGAGGGGAUCUCCUGAAGGUCAAGAGAUGGAUCUCUGUAGUGCACGUCUGUGUGUGAGUGGGUCUCUUUGCUUCACAAUAGUUUCACAGUGGCAAAUGAUUUGAAAUAAAGAUAUACUGUAUCUUCAAAAGAGAAUACAAUUGAUUCUAUUCCUUGGUUAUUUUAUAUAUAUAUAUUUGUAUCCCAAAUGGCACCCUAUCCCCUAUAUAGUGAACUACUUUUAACAAGAACGAACAGGGCUCUGGUCAAAAGUAGUGCACUAAAUAGCGAAUAUGGUGCCAUUUUGCUGAAGUAAAACAGGGAUGGGUUAAUUAAUGAGCUUGUUUCAUUUCUUGUCUGAUUAAAACUUACUAUAACGGA